GAGAGGCGGAGGUGGGGUGUGAGUGCCGUGAGUGUCGGAGCCUGGGCCGGGUGCGGUCCCCCGGGCCUGAUGCGGACCUCACUGGCGCUGGGCCUGCUCCUGCAGGCAUGCUCGCUGGUGUAUGGAUAUCUAGUGGUGGUGCCAAGCACCACUCCAGUUGGUGCGACCAUCUUCGACGCCGGAAUCAGCGGCUCCAGGCACUACCGUCUGGAUCGGAAGCGCUCGCCGGCGUUCGUGCAGAGUGUCGUGUCGGUGAAGCCACGCUCCGGCCGACUGGUGGUGCUACGUCCGCUGCGCUGUGACGGUCUCUUCUACCCAAACCCGUUCCUCCUCUACAUCGAGUCGUGGACCGAUGUGGAGCACCACGUCGACUACGUGUCGCUGGCGGUGCGAGUGUUUGUGGUGGGCACGGAAUGUGGGGACAGCCGCCGCAUAGUGGCCGACCAGGUCCUCCAGCACGGCUCCCGCAGCGCCGUGUCCGUGGCCCUUCCAGUCACCAGCACGGACAACAAGAUCUGUCUGCGGCGCGGCCAGUUUGUGGUAAAGUUCCGCGACCUGCUGCCGGCCUCGGCUCACGACUGCGACCUGAGUUACCAGCGCGUGUCCGACCCGCGUCUAGCCGUGGAGCGCACAGGUCACGACCUGGUCUCGGCGCGCGACCAGUGCGUGAGCGAGCGACUGUGGCGUGUGGUGGUGUACUUCCGCCUCGAGUGUGACGCGGCCGGUCACGAGUCGCACGACCACGCCCUGAUGAUACUCUUCCACCACUACAUUGCUGAGCGUGACGACAUGCUCAAACGAAUCCGACGCGAGAUGGCCAACCAGAGCCCGUUCUUCGACCGUCCCUCGUACGUGGUUACUGUGCCGGAGGGACGCGCUCGCGGCCACGUGGUCACCACACUGACCGCCAAAGACCCGGAGGACGGGCCGCUUACCUACUCCAUGGUGGCUGUUCUCGACUCGCGCUCGCAGACCAUGUUCGACCUGGACCCCAACUCGGGCGUGGUUACGACCAGCAUUGAGCUCGACCGCGAGUACAUGUCCACCCACUACUUCAAAGUGACGGUGUCGGACAGCGCGCAGCCGCCGCGAACCGGCACUACGACCCUUCAGGUCACUGUCGAAGACGCCAACGACCAUGCUCCCGAGUUCGAACACAAGGAGUACGAGGCGAGCGCCCGUGAGUCCACAAGUAUAGGCUCCACGGUCCUGACAGUGCGAGCCACCGACAGUGACAUGGGAGCGAACGCCGAGAUGGCCUAUUCCAUCCUAAAUCCUCAGGGCGCCAACGAGGCAUUCCGGAUCGACUCACGCACGGGCAUCAUCAAGACUCGUCUGCCGUUGGAUCGUGAGGAGCACGAGUCAUACACUCUUCAGGUCCAGGCUACCGACCGGGCCCCGCCGGCCGAGCGACAGUCUGCGACCGCCCAGGUCACCAUCCGGGUACUGGACGACAACGACAACUACCCGCAGUUCAGCGAGAAGUCGUACUCGGUCAGCGUGCCGGAGGACAAGGACUGGACGCAGAGUCCCAUCAUCGCCAGGAUCAGCGCCACGGACGGCGAUGCCGGCGAGAACGCCCGCAUUCGGUACGCGCUAAUCGGCGGCAACACCCAGGGUCACUUCACCAUCGACACGGAGACGGGACACGUCUCCGUGGUCGGCCAGCUCGACUACGAGACGAUCCGCAACUAUCGACUGGUCAUCCGCGCGCAAGACGGCGGCUCGCCGAGUCGCUCCAACACCACCAACCUGCUCGUCAAUGUGGAGGAUGUCAACGACAAUAAGCCGCGCUUCUACUCGGAGAACUUCCACGAGACCGUGCAGGAGAAUGUCCCCGAGGGCUUCACCAUCGUGCGCGUGCAGGCUUUCGACGUGGACGACGGUGCCAACGCCAAGGUGCGGUACUCGCUCACCGGGCCCGACGUGGCCGGGAUGCCCAUCGAAGUCGACGAGAGCACCGGGUGGCUACGUACCACGCGGCAAAUAGACAGAGAGGAGAAGCACAAGUAUGAGUUCCAGGUGGUUGCUACCGAUGGUGGCACGCCGCCGCUGUCUGCUUCAGCCGGAGUUCUGAUCACGAUUCAGGAUCAGAAUGACAACGACCCGGUGUUUGAUCCCAAAGUGUACGAGACGUCGCUGUCCGAGACGGCACCUCCCGGUACCAGGGUGAUCGAGCUGGAGGCUCAUGAUCCGGAUGAGGCCAGCCGGCUGCACUAUGAGAUUACCCAGGGUAAUGAACGCGGCCGAUUUAGCAUCGGUCUGCAGAAUGGCAAGGGUCUGAUUGCUCUAACACAGCCGUUGGAUUUCAAGCUAGAGCGGCGUUAUGUGCUCAAAGUCUCCGCCACCGACUCUGGCGGUCGAUCCGACUCUGCAACUGUCUACAUCAACAUCACAGACGCCAACACGCACCCUCCUGUCUUCGAGAACACGCCGUACAGCGUCAGCGUACUGGAGGACGCUCCGCGCGGCACCGUGGUCCUCACCGUCUCGGCUAGUGACCUCGACUCGGGCGAGAACGCGCGGAUCACUUACGAGCUGACGGGCGAGCCGGAGGCAGAGUUUGCCGUGAACCCGACGACGGGUGAGAUCACCACCACCCAGCAGCUCGACCGAGAGAGGCGCAGCGGGUACCUCCUCACGGUGUCAGCUCGAGACAACGGCCAGCCGAUGAUGUCUGACACCACUGACGUGGAGGUUCUGGUCACUGAUGUCAAUGAUAACGCCCCGCGCUUCGAUCAGGACAGCUACCAGGCCUCCAUCAGUGAGGAUGAGGUCCGCGGUACGAGCGUGCUCACCAUUCGAGCCUCUGAUGCCGAUCGUGGUCUGAACGGACGAGUGAGGUAUGUGUUCGCUGAGGGUGGAGACGGAGACGGAGCGUUUACAGUGGACCCGAGCUCUGGUGUGAUUCGUACCAGUCGGCAGCUUGAUCGAGAGACAGUGGAACAGUACGAACUGGUGGCUCUCGCUGUGGAUCAGGGCGCACCAGCCAUGUCCAGCUCGGUGAAGAUAGUUGUCGACGUGGAUGACGUCAACGAUUCGCCGCCGGUGUUCGAGGAGAACCCGCUACGACUGUUUAUCGCAGAGAACUCACCGAUCGGCUCAUCAGUGGGUAAGAUCCGCGCACACGAUCCCGACGCCGGAGCGAACGCGCUGGUCGAGUACUCUAUGGUGGAGAGCGCUGACUCUGCCUCGUUCGAGCUGCGUACCGGAGGUCCUAUGGCCCAGGACGCCGAGCUCUUCACCAGACAGGAGCUGGACUACGAGUCUGACAAGAAGGUGUUCACGCUAGUCAUCCUGGCGCAGUCGCCUCCGCUCCAGAGCUACGUCAGUGUCGAGAUCAACGUGCAGGAUGUGAACGAUAACGCUCCGACGCUGAGCAACUUCCAGGUGAUCUUCAACAACUACCUGAACCACUUCCCCGUUGGCCCCAUCGGUCGGGUGCCCGCCGUCGAUCUGGAUGCCACUGAUCAGCUGACAUACACGGUGCUGUCUGGAAACAACGCCAACCUCCUGCUAAUAAACAGCACCACCGGAGAUAUCACCCUGUCUCCGAGCCUCAACACCAACGUGCGCACCACCGCCACCAUGGAGAUCUCCGUGUCAGAUGGACGGAACGAAGACUCCGCCUUCCUCGAGCUGCACGUUCGUCUGGUCACCGACAAAAUGCUGUUCAACUCUGUGACGCUGAGGCUGGCAGAGAUGACGUCACAGGCCUUCCUGAGUCCUCGGAUCUUCACUCUGUUCAAAGACGGCCUGGCCUCCGUCCUGGGAGUCGCCAAGGAGCAAAUCAUCAUCUUCAACGUGCAGGAUGACACCGAUGUGCCUGAGCGCAUUCUGAACGUCAGCUUCUCGGCGCUGGACGCUCAGGGUGCGUUCGGUGGAUCCUUCGACGGUCCCUUCCUCAGCCAGCAGCAUAUCCAGGAGAAGGUCUACCUCAACAGGGCGCGACUGGCCAAGCUGGCCGCUGUUCAGGUUCUACCGUUCGACGACGACCUCUGCGUGCGCGAACCGUGCCUCAACUUCGACAAGUGUCUGACGGUGCUCAAGUUCGGCAAUGCCUCCGGUUUCGUGCACAGCCCGACCAUUCUGUUCCGGCCCAUAUUCCCAGUGACGACGUUCGCCUGUCGAUGCCCGGCCGGGUUCGCUGGGAUGCGCGAGUUCUACGAGUGCGACACGGAGGUAAACCUGUGCUACAGUCAGCCGUGUCAGAACGGCGGCACGUGCCAGCGCAGAGAGGGAGGCUACACGUGCGUCUGCGCCGACGGGUUCACUGGUGAGAGCUGCGAGCUGGACACGACUCGAGGCUCCUGUCCGACCGAUCCAUCGGACGGCUCAGACCGCCACCCCGUCUGUCAUGGCGGCUCUGUGUGCGUCAACCUACAGCGGGGCGGCUUCCUGUGCGACAACUGCACCAACUCGCCCUACCGCAACCAGCACUGUCAGCUGACAGCGCGCAGCUUCUCCGAGGGAAGCUUCCUCACAUUCCCCGCACUGCACCAGCGGCACCGGCUCAACAUCAAACUCAGGUUCGCCACUCGGUCCCGGGACGGCCUGCUGCUCUAUAACGGCCGCUACAACGAGCGUCACGACUUCAUCGCUCUGGAGGUGUUGGACGGCCAGGUGCGGUUCUCGUUCAGCGUCGGCAGCGGCGCGCACCACGUGACCGGUCACGUGCCGGGCGGGGUCAGCGACGGCAACUGGCACCAGGUCGAGCUCGACUACCAUAACCGGACUGCCACAAUCAUCAUGGACGGCUGCGACAGUGGCCUCUCGCUGAUGCGCGCUCAUGGCAUGGAGAAGUACCAGUGCGCCAACAGGACUACCUUCGAGCUGGAGCGACGGUGCCACCAGCAGACCGAGUUUUGUCAGCGGUUCAUCGACCUGACUGGACCUCUCCAAAUCGGCGGUCUGCCUUCGCUGCCCACAAAGUUCCAGGUGCAAUCUCAGCACUUCAGCGGCUGCAUUCAAGACGUCUUCAUUGACCACAAGCUGCUCGACCUGGACAACUAUGUGGCCAACAACAGCACUGUGGCCGGCUGCUCUGAGAAGCAGCGGUUCUGCGCCUCCCACCCGUGUCAGAACGGUGGCACCUGUACCGAGGGCUGGGGCACCUACGUCUGCCGCUGCCAAGACACACACGCCGGCAAAAACUGCGCCCUUGACGCGGAGACUCCCCACCAGCUGCGGGGCGACGGCCACAUCUCGUACAUCAGCCGCAUCCAGGCGGUCACCAUGCCCUGGUACAGCGGGCUGGCCUUCCGAACACGGUCUGCCGACGCGCUGCUGAUGAAACUCAGCUUCGGAGACGGCCUGCGCACUCGGCUCAUGCUCCGAGGCGGCUACAUCGAGUACCACUACCCCAAUGACGUGGCCGCCCUGGACACGGUGCGGGUCAACGACGGACAGUGGCACCACGUCCUCGUCAAGUGGAUGCAGGGAGAAGUCUGGAUCAAUCUCGAUUACGGUAAUCAUGAGUUGACUCAGGCGGGCGACGCCCAGCUGGCCGGCCUCUAUGUGGACGAGGUGAUCGUAGGCGGAGGCGAGGGCGACGUACCGGGACUGAUCGGCUGUAUCCGGGAGGUUCGCGUCGGCAACUCCGCCAACACGUCUCUAACUCUGGAGGAGGCGGUGCGGGCCAACACUGGCUGUUCGGCCGCUGACGAGUGUGUCGAUAUCGGCGGAGAUGUCUGUCCAGAGCGCAGCACCUGCCUGAGCAGCUGGGGCGGCCACGAGUGCGUCUGCCAGCCAGGUCACGUGGGCAGCCAGUGCGCGCCCGUCUGUGAGCUGCAGCCGUGCUCCAAUAAUGCCACGUGUGUGGCGGACCCUACGGACCGGCGCGGGUACAGCUGCCGCUGCCAGACGCCGCUCGACUCCGGCGCCUACUGCGAGGCCAGGAUGAUCCAGCCAUGUCCGAGCAAAUGGUGGGGCGACCCAGUCUGUGGUCCCUGCCACUGCGACACUGAAAAGGGCUACGACAGCGACUGCGACAAAAAGACGGGCGAAUGUCGCUGCAAGGAGAGCCAUUUCCGUCCGCCCGGCUCCGAGGUGUGCUUCCCUUGUCUGUGUGACGUCACGGGUAGCUCGGGCCGCGCCUGUGACCCCCUCACCGGCCAGUGCCCGUGUAAGAACGGCGUCAUCGGCCGCAGAUGUGACUCGUGCAGUCAUCCGUUCGCUGAGGUGACCAGCCGCGGCUGUGAGGUCGUCUACACGGGCUGCCCGCGAGUCCGCGUGGCCGGCGUGCUCUGGCAGCAGACAGAGUUUGACGCCACGGCCGUCCAGCCGUGCCCGACGGGUGCCGAGGGCGAGGCGCGCCGCGUGUGUGACCGCGAGACGGGCUGGGCUGAGCCGGACCUCUCUGAGUGUCUGAGCAUCAGCCUCCGACAGCAGGAGCACCAGGUGCGCAGUCUGCUGUCGGGCGCGCUGCGCUUCUCGUCGUUCCUGUCGGUGAACACGGCUGCCGACCUGGCGGCAGCCGCCCGCUCCGCGCCGCACCUCUACGUCACGGACGUCUACUACAUCUACAAGCUGCUGCGACUGCUGCUGCAGCACGAGAGCAACGAGGCCGGACUGAACCUGGCACAUCGCCAGGACAGGGACUUUAUUCCGAAUCUCCUGGCGGCAACAAGCAUCAUUCUCCAGCCAAAGUACAAGCGUCACUGGGAGAAGAUUCAGAACCAGCUGAAUGAGGGUGCCAGCGACCUUCUGGAGGAUUACGACCAGUACGCGCACACGCUGGUCCGCACACAGCAGGACACAUUCACCGAUCCGAUGGAGAUCGCCACUGACAACGUCGUGCUGGGUCUGGACACUGUCAGCUGGCGGCAGCUACACGGCAGCGCCACAGAUGGUCGCGUCCAGCUCCCGGCCGGAGCAGCCUUCCUGGAGACCAACUCACCGGCCUUUGACGGCCCCAGCAUAGUGCUGCCCAAGCACAACAACUACCCGCGCAGUCGCGUCGCCUGGGACGACCACAACGCGGUGCUGCUGCCGCUCAAACUGUUGGGCAUCGAGGCGCCGGUGGAGGGCACUACGGCAGACGGCGGGCCGGCGCCGCACCAGCAGGCGGCCGUAGCGUACGUCCUGUUCCGCACGCUGACUGAUGUACUGCCCGAGCGGUACGCUGACGACGUGCGCCGCCGCUGGGGCGUGGCCGUCAGCGGUCAGAGCGCGGCGCUGACACUGGCGGUCAGCGACGCUGACGGUCAGCUGCCGGCGGGGGAAAUCAGCACGCCGGUGCGGCUGAUGCUGCGGACGGCGCGGCUCUCGGCCAAGAGCAGUCCGCAGUGCGUCCGCUGGCAGCACGAGAAGGGCGGUCCGGGCCAGUGGACCCGCCAGGGCUGCCAGACCACCUUCCUGGAGCCGUGGGAGUACUCGGCCAACUACACAUACGUCAACUGCACCUGCUCCCACCUGUCCACGUUUGCCGUGCUGAUGGACGACCCGUCAGCGGAGUUCCUGAUCGAGACGACCCCGGCGGAGAACGUAGUCACCUACAUCGGCCUGCUGGCCUCGAUCGCCCUGCUGCUGGUCAGUUUCUUCAUCUUCUCCGUGCUGCGCGGCGGCCUGCAGACCAACUCCAACAGCAUUCACAAGAACCUGGCGCUGUGUCUGUUCUGCGCCCAGCUCAUCUUCCUGACGGCGCUCAAACUGCGCCAGAGACUGGUCAUCAGCGAGUUUCCGUGUAAGCUGGUGGCGAUCCUGCUGCACUACCUGUGGCUGUCGGCCUUCUCCUGGCUGCUGCUCGAGUCGGUACACGUCCACCGUAUGCUGACCGAGCUGCGCGACGUCAACCACGGCGCCAUGCGCUUCUACUACUCGCUGGGCUACGGCGUGCCGGCCAUCAUUGUCGGCCUGUCGGUGGGCGUGCGCGCCGACCAGUACGGUAACAUCUCGUUCUGCUGGCUCUCGGUGCAUGAGUCGGUGAUCUGGGCCAUGGUCGGCCCCGUCUGUGCUCUGGCCACGGCCACCCUGGUCACGCAGGUACUCGCCAUUCGUGCCUCGCUCUCACUCAAGGACCACGUCGAAGGAUUCGGAAACCUCAGGAGCCUGCUAUGGCUGUCGGUGGCGCUGCUGCCCCUGAUGGUGGCCGUCUGGCUGCUGGCCGUCCUCUCUGUCUCCGAGGAGAUGGAGGUCCUCAACUUCCUACUGGCCGUGUGCUCACUGCUACUCGGCGCGUACAUCCUGCUCGGCUACUGCCUGCUGAACCGACGCGUCCGCCAGGGCACCGCCCGCAGCCUGGCGCUCUGCUGCGGCAAGAAGGUCACCUACGACGAGAGUCUGGCCGGCACGCGCACCACCAUGGCCUCACGAUCAGCCCUCUCCUACCACCACGACGAUAUUCUGCGGCGCACAGUGGGCAUUUCGACAGCCUCUACCACUAGCCGCUCCACCUGCAAGACGUCCAGCAGUCCGUACAGCCUGGGCAUCAACGCGCCGAGCACCACGUCCAACAGCCAGCCGACGUCCAGCACCAACGACCUCAGACACGCCGGCUCGCGGCGCAGCGCCAAGGGUCGGCGGUCGCACCGGGCGCGGCGUGACUCGGACUCCGAGUCCGACCAGUCGGACGCUCGGCGCAGCCUCUCGCUGGCCUCCAGCCACAGCAGUGAUGAGGAGGAGAUCGGGAACGGCUCCGUGUCGUCACCGGCGGCACGGCUGAGGGUCGAACAGCGCGCGUCAGGGCGCGGCCAGCGCGCCGGGCGCGACCUCAGCUGGCGCUGCUCCCCGCCCCCUCCGGCCCCGGACGACGAGCACAUCUACCAGGAGGCGCUGAGUGUCACCGGUCGGCUGGAGCUGGACUCCCCAACCGGCGCCGGCACCUACAGCACGCCGUGGCGCACCGGCUGUCCGGCCGAGCUGCCCGCCUACCCGCGCUACACGCUAGUGGGCAUGGCCGGUCCGCCGGCCGGUCUCUCCUGGAUGGCGCCGCCGGGUCUGGCCGACCGGCUGUCCGGCGGCACCGGAUCGGACGCCGGUCUCGGCGCGCCGCCGCCCAUACCGGACGAGAGUCCGGAGGCGCUGCCGGAGCCGGCGCCCAACCUGUACUCUGUGGGCGGCGGCGCCGGGCGUCUGGCCGACCUGGUGGCCAGCGCUCGCCUCCCGCCUCCCGGGCCGCUCCACGAAAACCCCGACUCCGAUAAUGACAGUCUCAACGAGAGUCUGGAGAGCGUUGUAUGAGCGGCACCGGUCGCGUGUCGCGUCCUGAUCUCUGCGGCGGGGCUGGUCGGCCGCCAGCCGCUCGCCAAACUUCUGCUGCGCCCCGCGGGGUGCGCAGAGCUGCCGGGACCCACCCGGGCUCUCUACAGUACUUUAGCGCUGCCAGUUGUCAGUGGUCAAAUCCAGGCCAAAACAUAGUCGGUGUCCGUCAGAUAUUCACAAGGAACUUAGGACAGGAAGAGUGGUGUUAGAACGCACUGCCCGAGACUCCGUUGCCACUUUGCGUCCCGCUGUCUGAUGGCGACGAUAGAGGUCGCUGUCAUAGGCAAAGACAAAAGCCGGUUCUGCCAAACUAUGACUAAUGAUUAAAAGUGUAUCUUAUACGUUCUGCAUAUGUGUAUAACUGUGUAGUGUAACAAGUGACGUGUGGUUGUGUGCGUGUGCGCGUGCGUGAUCCAUAUUAGCUAAGUAAUCGUCCUUGAAGCAAGGCCUUGUGCUUGCCCGACGCCAUUGAUGUUUCUGUCAUUGAGCAUGAAGUGUGUAAGGAACUGCAAUGUUUGUACAUACAGGUGCGUGCAUGCAGAAUGGUAAUUGGCCCCACCGGUUGCUGAGUGCUGCAUGGCAACUCAUGGGUGCGAUAACAUGCAUGAUCGUGUGUUCCGCCUCGAUAAGCGCGCUUCAAGGCAUAUCAUUUUAUUAAUGUUAUUGUGUGGCAGCUACUGAGUUGUUAAUUUCUUCUCGCAUCGUGACAUUCCCUGACAUUCCGUGACAUUAUUUAGAUAUGUUCUGUGUUUCAGAUGUCGUGUGAACUCAGAUGUACUCAAUGUAAUAUACAUAAAUUGGACUACACCGGU